AGCAAACUUAGUUACAAAGUUAAAGGUUAAUAGCUUUUGAAUUUAAAUUUUAGCUUAAAAUUUUGAUAUAGUCAUUAUUAACCCUGCAUUCAAUAAAAAGAAUAAAUUUUACACUUCCUCAUUUUAUGUAUAAAACACAAAUAUACACGUAAUAUAUAAAGAAAAAUGCAGUAAAUCUGUGCUAUUAAAAUCAUGGGGGGGACGUUCAGCUGGGAAAAAAAAAUCAACAGACUUCCAAGAGAAAAAAAAAUAAUGGUUGAGAAUCACUGCACUACAAACCCAAGUAGAGAGUGCAUAAAAAAAAGCAAAAAAGAGAGGUAGAAAGUAAGGGGUGGUCAUUAAGAAAAUAGAAACUAGUGCAUUUCUUAUUUAAAACACAAGCCCAGAGGAAGGUCUUCAGAAAACCUGGAGGCCCAGGUUCACAGACUCGUCAGCGUUAACCAAGACGGCACCAGCUGCGAGAUCCCCAAUGGCCUUCUCUUUCCUUUUGCUGAUCGCCCUGGUGGUGCUCAGCUGCAACUCCACCUGCUCUCUGGGCUGUGACCUGCCUCAGAGCCAUAGCCUGGCUAACAGGAGAACCAUGAUGCUUCUGGAACAAAUGAGGAGAGUCUCCACUUUCUCCUGCUUGAAGGACAGAAAUGACUUCGCAUUUCCCCAGGAGGAGCUUGAUGGCAACAAAUUCCAGAAGGCUCAAGCCAUCUCUGUCCACCAUGAGAUGAUCCAGCAGAUCUUCAACCUCUUCAGCCUACAGGCCUCCUCUGCUGCCUGGGAUCACAGCCUCCUGGACAAAUUGUUCCCUGCACUUGAUCAGCAGCUGAAUGACCUAGAAGUCUGUUUGAUGCAGGAGAUGGGGAUAGAAGAAACUGCCCUCCCCCUGAUAAAUGAGGAUUCCACGCUGGCUGUGAGGAUGUACUUCCAAAGAAUCACUGUCUAUCUAACAGAGAAGAAAUAUAGCCCUUGUGCCUGGGAGAUUGUCAGAGCAGAAAUCAUGAGAUCCUUCUCUGCAACAACAAAUUGGCAAAAGAGGUUAAGAAGUAAGGAAGGCCACCUGGUUCCAUAA